AUGUCUAGACGGCCCUCUAAUGUCUCUGUCUCCUCUGCUGCCUCAACAUCGACGUUGCCCAAAUUACCCAUAACCUUGUCUCAGACAUCUAUACCCCACGGAUUCAAACCACCUUCUUCACCCUGGCCACCGCGCUCUUCAUCAUUCUCCUCUAUCUCACAACAGAACAUCGCUGGAAAUGUAUCGGAUCCUGAUGAAUUGUUCACGAAGCAUACGGUGUCGGAGGUGAAGGCGAUUCAGUACCGUCUUAGGUAUGGUGGUUUCCUGGCAGAUGCGGAUGCGAAGCAGGAGGAACUUAGGUUGAUGGUCGGGGAGAGGUACCGCGACCUCUUGCAGGCUUCAACAUCAAUCAUAUCCAUUUCCAAAUCUUCGAAACGCGUCCUCGAUGCUCUGGACGAAGUCAGAUCGUCUAUACCGGAUGGCCAACCCGAACCUAAGACGUUAAAGCGGGCGUCUGCUGCGAAGGAUGAUUCGUACUUGAAGAUGCUUCAGUCCCUGGCCUCGCAUAUGAAACUCCUUCUCGAUACUCCGGAACAUCUGUGGCGAUUGAUUGAGAAGAAGAAAUAUCUACAUGCGGCUUGGUUGUUCCUCCUAGCGCGCGUCAUUCAUCGGGUAUUAGUUCGGGAAGAUGAUGAAGACGAGGAGGGAUGGGCUGCACAAGGUAUUGAUGUCACGGAGCAAUUUCCCCUGGCACAACGGCAAUGGGAUACUGUGGCCCAAUUCCGUGCCCAAAUCACACAUAAAGCCACGCUGUCACUUCGCGAAUUCUCUUCCAGCGUCGAGGACAUCUGCUCCAUCCUUCUUACACUCCAUCUCCUUGAAUCGCGACCUCUCAUAGACACACUCUCCGUCUUCCUCUCGCAACGAACCAAAAGCUUCCAGCUAUCUUUGUCUCGGAAUUCAACAUCGAACGGAAGACCACCACAACAGAACAACGGCAGCGCAAAGACGAAAUCCAGACAGCUUGUCGUUCGCGAGCUCCGCGGAAGUAUUGGCGCCGUCCUAGAUGUCAUUUCAUUCACCGUUGGCGCGGCACGCGAUAUCUUCUAUGAUGAACCAUCUUCGUCCCGACGAUGCCUGAUCCAUAGAGUUUUGGAGUUCAUACAAUCUGAGUCGCAAGACACAGAAACACUAGACCUCCCACCAGAACUACAGAUGUCAACACAAAACCUCCUCACGAAUCUGCCAUCAGGCUCACAACACCUCUCCCUCCCACAGAGCAUCCGUUCAUACCGGCCAUAUAUCGACCUUUCUUCCUCAUCCACUUCCAUCUCAGCUUCCCAGCUCUCGACGAAGCUGCACGAAUGGUUCGAGAAGGUCACGAAGGAGUUCGCCACUGUGGCCCAACAGUGGUUCUCCGACCUGCAGACGCUGAAGGAAGUUUGGUCGACUCGGGCGUGGAUACGGACAUGGCUGGAGGGAAAUGCGUACUUGGAAGAUGCGGAGCGUGAAUCUCUGAAGAGUAUUGCGGACGGUCUCGUUCGACAACAGGCUUCCGAGAUCUGGAAGGUCGCUUUGGCGGAUAUGCAGCAGACGUUCCAGAGUCAUCUGGACUCGGCAAUGUCUGCGCUCGCUGAAGGAACUGGAGAGAGCGUUCUUGAUGCGUCGCCUGUGUCGUAUCUCUUCCAGGCUCCUGCCGUCCCAUCACUCUACGAGACGUCUGGCUCAUCCGGCAUGGCUGCCUCGUUCCGGAAAUACGAGAUGUCCCUGCAUCGCCAAGUCGCUGGUCGGACGCCACUUCUGAACGAUGUGCUAGAAUCCGUCGAGACCCGUUCGGCCGCAAUUCGCAAGGACUUGCGUGCGUUCAGCAAGAAGAGCGAGGCCGACAGUCGAGAACUAGCGGACCAGUUAAUCUCUGCGUAUCAACCGGAUGCAGAUCAGCUUUGUGUGUCUAUCGCAGAAGCGGUCUCUACGAGCGUCCAGCAAGUCGGAGAUGACUCAGAUAUCAGCAUGCGAGCCUUGGUCUUCCUCGGGCGAGUGGCGAACGAGCUUUCGUCCUCGCCUUUCCUGCCAAAUAUUAGCUCGGGCACAGAUGCUGGCCAUGAUUUCCGUGCAAGAAUGCGAGGGUUGUAUGAACUUGCUUUGGACCGGUGGCGCAGAUAUAGCGUGCGGACGAUCUCUCUCAAGUACCACGAGUCCUGUCUUUCCGCUGCGCGGGCAGUUCGCACACCAAGUGCAGCACCAUCGCCAGCGGGCCCCUCAGCGCCACUCUUCCAGGCAUUGCUCUCCAUCUCGACAUCGGUACAGAAUGUCGGCAUGUCGUCUGACCCGUCAAGCCGAACGACUCUAGCAGAAGCGACACUGCGACAUUUCACGAGCUCGGUGUUGGAAGGGUCUGCUGGCAGCGACGCAUAUCGGCGCGGACAGCAGUUUUUGUGGGAUUUGCGAUACCUUCACAAGAUUUCGGCUCUGUGGGGAUCUGACUGGGAGAGUACCACAACAUCGCUGAAGGAGGAGAUUGACCGGUCUGAAGCUGAGACAGCGGAAUCGACAUCCUUGUCGGAAGACGCCAUCAAUGUUGCCCUUUCCAACCAUAUAUCGCGAACCCAACUUCUUCUUGCACCUCUACUCCCACCACGUCCACCACCAACACACCCAGGCAAGGCCGGAGGUAAGGAGAGCGCGACGAGUGCGCUUUUGCCGUUCGGCGUGCCCGCGGGAGAGCAGCAGGUGCAGCCUGCGAUGGAGCUUGUUAAGCCUGCGCCACGGUUCGGGCUACUACUGGUUGGUAGUACCGCUAGUCGAUAACUGGUGGGAAUGCAUUGGUUUUCGUUCGUGAAUAAUGUCAACUAUCAAGUCUACAAUGUGGCUCCCAUCAGUCGAAAACGUCGUAUGGCAGCGUUCGCACGAAAUUUGGGUAAUACUGCUUGACACGCUCCUGAAUCGAAACCGGCACCGGACACUCCUUCGAGAACUUAUGCAGGAUGCGGAUGCACUCCACAUCAGGCUUAUAAUCCGGAUUGUCCUUCGCCAUUUCCAAAAACACCAGCUUCGUCGCCUCUUCUAUCUCUCCCAGGCGGCAAAGACAUUCCACCCAUGCCCGCCAGUUCUCCGGUGUGAAUUUAUGCCCGUCUCGGCGCAGUCCCUCGAAGAUCUCUUUGGCGGCAGCAGGGGCGCGUUUGUGGCCGCAGGCGUCCAUGACGAUGUUAACAC